UACAAACUUCAGGAAACCAAUUCAUAUUACAAGUACCUGCAGGUGGAAAGCUGGCUUUAAACAAUUGUAUUCUCCGAAAAUGAGACAAGAAAAAAGUUUACCUGGCUCCUGGUCUGCUUCCUUAAAAUGAUAAUGAUAGAUGCAGAAAAUAUUUCAUGUUUUGGGAAAUACAUGCUGCUGCUGGGGCUGUUCUCUAAACUUGAUUUUAUAAUUUAAAUAAUUGGAUUUGGCAUUUGCAGAAAGUGUUUGUCGAAAAAGGAGCAUUUAGCUAUGUCUAGCGCUACAAAGGUUUGGGAUCCUGCAUUCCAGGGAGCGGGUCAGAGAUUAGGAACUGAAAUAUGGAGGAUUGAGAAUUUUCAACCGGUUCCAUUGCCCAAAUCUGAAUAUGGGAAAUUCUACAUGGGAGAUUCGUACAUCAUCUUGCAGACAACACAGGGCAAAGGAGGUGCCUAUUAUUAUGAUUUACACUUCUGGAUUGGAAAGGAUACAAGUCAGGAUGAGGCUGGAACAGCAGCCAUUAAAGCUGUUGAACUUGAUGCAGCUCUUGGAGGACGAGCUGUGCAGCACAGAGAGAUUCAAGGACAUGAAUCUGACAAUUUUUUGUCAUAUUUUAGGCCAUGUAUUGUACCAUUAGAGGGGGGUGUUGCAUCUGGAUUUAGAAAACCUGAAGAGGAGGAGUUUGAAACACGUUUGUAUGUUUGUAGAGGGAAAAGAGUUGUCAGAAUGAGACAGGUCCCGUUUGCAAGGUCUUCAUUGAACCAUGAUGAUGUGUUCAUUCUUGACACGCAAAAUAAGAUUUAUCAAUUCAAUGGUGCAAAUUCCAACAUUCAGGAAAGAGCCAUGGCUUUGGAAGUUGUACAGUUUCUAAAAGAAGAAUAUCAUGAAGGGACAUGUGAUGUUGCAAUUGUUGAUGAUGGAAAGUUAGACACCGAGUCAGAUUCAGGUGAAUUUUGGGUCCUCUUUGGUGGUUUUGCUCCCAUUGCAAAGAAGGUAAUCGGUGAGGAUGAUAUCAUUCCAGAGGCAAUUUCUGCUCAGUUAUAUAGUAUCAUUGAUGGUGAAGUCAAGUCCGAGGAAGGUGAACUUUCUAAAUCACUGUUGGAGAACAACAAAUGCUAUUUACUGGACUGUGGUGCCGAAGUAUAUAUCUGGUGUGGGCGGGUAACACAAGUGGAAGAACGAAAAGCAGCUUGCCAAGCAGCUGAGGAGUUUCUUUCAAGCCAAAAUAGGCCAAAAUCUACAAAGAUAACAAGGAUUACUCAAGGUCAUGAGACGCGUUCAUUUAAGUCCAACUUUGAUUCUUGGUCAUCAGGAUCUGCUGGUACUGUUGCCGAGGAUGGAAGAGGGAAAGUUUCAGCAUUGCUUAAGCAGCAAGGGAUAGGUGUCAAAGGAAUGGCAAAAGGUACCCCUGUAAAUGAGGAUCUACCACAUUUGCUUGAAGCAGGUGGAAAGAUGGAGGUAUGGCGAAUCGAUGGAAGUGAUAAGACCUCAUUGCCGAAUGAGGAUAUUGGUAAAUUUCAUAGUGGAGAUUGUUACAUUGUAAUGUACACAUACCAUUCUGGUGAGAGGAAAGAAGAUUACUUCUUGUGCUGCUGGUUUGGCAAAGACAGCAUUGAGGAGGACCAAACAACGGCUAUUCAGUUGACUAAUACUAUGUCCAACUCUUUGAAGGGUAGACCUGUUCAGGGUCGCAUAUACGAAGGUAAAGAGUCGCCACAAUUUGUUGCUCUUUUCCAACCCAUGGUAGUCCUUAAGGGAGGUUUGAGCACUGGAUACAAAAAUUUAAUAACAGAUAAAGAUUUAUCUGAUGAGACAUACACAGAAAAAUCUAUUGCACUUAUCCGAAUUUCUGGAACUUCCAUCCAUAACAAUAAGGCAGUGCAAGUUGAUGCAGUGCCAUCUUCAUUGAAUUCUACAGAAUGUUUUGUCUUGCAAACUAGCUCAACAAUUUUCAUUUGGCAUGGGAAUCAGGGUUCCUUUGAACAGCAGCAUCAGGCAGAAAAGGUUGCAGAAUUUUUAAGGCCAGGAGUUACUUUAAAGCAUGCUAAAGAAGGUACAGAGAACUCAGCUUUCUGGCUUGCACUAGGAGGAGAAAAACAAAGUUACACCAGCAAGAAAGUUAUUAAUGAGGUUGUUCGAGAUCCACAUCUUUUCACCUUAUCAUUUUAUAAAGGAAAGUUACAUGUAGAAGAGAUUUACAACUUCUCCCAAGAUGAUUUGUUAACAGAGGAUAUCCACGUACUUGACACACAUGCAGAAGUGUUUCUUUGGCUUGGUCAGUGUGUUGACCCAAAAGAUAAGCAAGAUGCUUUUGAAAUUGGCCAGAAAUACAUAGAUAUGACUGCAUCUCUGGAAGGACUAUCUCCACGUGUACCCUUAUAUAAAGUAACAGAAGGGAACGAACCUUUCUUUUUCACAACAUACUUUUCAUGGGAUUGGGAUUAUACAAGAGCUAAGAUUCUUGGGAACUCAUUUCAGAAAAAGGCGUCGAUAUUCUUUGCGACUGGCCACGCCUUGGAGGAUAAAUCAAAUGGGCCAAGUGGAGGGGAACCUAGACAAAGGGCAGAAGCUUUGGCUGCUUUAACUUCUGCUUUUAACUCAGCGUCUGAGAAAACGAGUCUGUCACAGGAGAGAUUGAAUGAGUUAAUCCAAGGAGGACCAAGACAAAGAGCGGAAGCUUUAGCUGCUUUAAACUCUGCAUUUAAUUCUUCAUCAACAACAAAGAAAGUUACUCCUAGGCCAUCUGCAAAAGGUCAAGGAUCACAAAGAGCAGCCGCUGUAGCUGCUCUUUCAUCAGUUCUUACGGCUGAGAAUAAACAAUCACCCGAUGCCUCUCCAAGGGCCAGCCGCAGUCCUAUUCCAGAGAGUAGCCUUUCUGAAUCUGGUAUUGAUGAAGCCGGAUCUGAAAUUGAUGAAGCCGAAUCUGAACAUGAAAAUGUGGAGGAUGGAAACAAUGACCAAAGUAGUCAGUUGACAUUCAGUUAUGAUCAGUUAAAGACUACAUCGGGCAAUGAUGUGUCUGGAAUUGAUCAUAAACGAAGAGAGGCCUAUCUGUCAGAUGAAGAAUUCCAAACUGUAUUUGGAAUGGUAAAAGAAGACUUUUAUAAAUUGCCAAGAUGGAAGCAAGAAAUGCUGAAAAAGAAAUUGGAAUUGUUCUAGACUUGACAUGAUGAGUGACACAUAUGCUUCUUUAACUAAAAUUACCUUUGGAUAAUACCAAAAAAAAAAAAAAAAAGAAUAACCUUUGGAUUCAUAUGAAUAGUGUUUUGCUUAAAAGGCUAUAAUUAUGAUAGAGCUGUGGUUAGUGAGUAUACAAGUUUGAAUGUGAUGCUGCAUGGAGAAUGAUUUUAGUUUCCCAUUUUAACUGCUGCUGCCUCUUGGAAUUAUGAAGACACUAGAAACUAACGGGUCCAUUCUUUCAUUUUGUAAGUUUGUUUUUUAAAAUAAGUGGGUUAUUUUCCCUUCUUUUUAUUGGUUAGAAAGGUGGGGGUGAUAUGUAUUGCAUUUUAUUUUAUAUAUAUUGAAUUACAAAUAUGAUGAAAUACUGAAAGAAAAUAAAGUUUGUUAUUUUUACUCAUGUAUAUGAAGUU